AUGAACAUGCAUGUACAUGCAUGUGUGCUGUCCUCUCCAACACCUACUGUCGGAUCUCGCCGCCUACCAGCCGCAUCAAGUCUCUCAUCGCACGAGGAUAAUAGAGUUGGACUAUCGCCUUCAGUAAGGACGCCUCAAAGCCAAGUCGUUAGCUUACUCAACCCAACGACGAUUGAUCGAGAAGGACAUGCUGGUACUCUUCACGACGAACGAAACUUGACCUACCCGGAAUUUGCUUACACACACGCGGAUGAUACGGGUGUUUACACGCAUCCGAUAGCACAAAGAUGUCUCCUCCCAACGCCAAUGGACGUCCACCCUAUAGUAAACUUCCAAAGCGAUGCCGAUCAGCGUCACGAAGAUGACCAAUCCGGACAGGCGGAUCAUCUUUAG